AUGUCCGGUAGAAGAAAGUUGCCGCCACCGGGCUUUAGUUUUAAACCACCCGAGGAACAAGUAGAUGUAACUCCUCCGAGGAAUCUUGAUAAACAAACCACAAUUACUGUGGAUGACAAGACAUUCACUGUAUAUGCAGAUGAUUUAGUAAAGAUAUGCGAUCUUGGGCGUGGAGCCUAUGGCAUUGUGGAGAAGAUGCACCAUAAACCCAGUAAUACUAUAAUGGCAGUAAAGAGAAUAACAGCAACUUUUAAUACACAGUCUCCUGAGCUAAAACGUCUAUUAAUGGAUCUUGAUGUAUCCAUGAGAGCCAGUGCCUGUCCCUAUACAGUUCAUUUUUAUGGUGCCAUGUUCAGAGAGGGAGAUGUUUGGAUCUGCAUGGAGGUGAUGGAUAUGAGCCUCGACAAGUUCUAUGCAAAAGCCUAUACUAAUAAAAGAACUAUCCCAGAGAAUAUUCUCGGGAAAAUUGCAUUCUCUGUAGUGAGUGCUUUACAUUAUCUUUAUCUAGAGCUUAGAGUUAUACACAGAGAUGUUAAACCUUCAAACAUAUUAAUUAAUCGAAAAGGAGAAGUGAAGAUGUGCGACUUUGGAAUUUCUGGUUAUCUUGUUGACUCUGUUGCAAAAACAAUAGACGCUGGCUGUAAGCCUUACAUGGCACCUGAAAGAAUUGACCCUAGUGGCAACCCCGGACAGUAUGACAUUCGAAGUGACGUGUGGUCACUAGGGAUUUCUAUGAUUGAGUUAGCGACAGGCAAAUUCCCUUAUAACACCUGGUGCACGCCUUUCGAACAGCUAAAACAAGUUGUUAAAGAUGACCCUCCGAAACUUCCUAAUGGCGCUUUUUCACCAGAAUUUGAGGAUAUGGUGACAAAAUGUCUGAAGAAAGACUACAAACAAAGACCUAAUUACGAUGCCCUGUUAUCGCAUCCAUUUUGCCUAGAGCAUAGUAAAAAAGAAACUGAUGUGGCAUCUUUUGUUCAAGAAAUCCUCGACCUACCAAGCCCUGGUGAUGAGUGU